AUGUUCGUUGCAUCCUUCGGAAUGGUGGACGAGCCAUCACGGACGCUUUGGCUGUCCUGUUUUGCGCUGGUAAAAUCUAAGCCCAAACUCUCGCGCGUAGGGAUACGUACGAGGCCGCGUCCGCCCUUUGUAGCGGUGGAUCUGGGGGAGGGGACAGGGUUUUGGGCGACCCAAGUGAGGGAUGCAAACAUGGAAACCGACGCCAAGAGCGCGCGGCCGGACAGCUCGCGCGACGCGCGCGGGCGCGAGGAGCUGGGCCGUACAUUGAAGGUUUUGCAGGAGCGAGCGCGGCAGCUGGGGUUCAUUGUGGUGAUCCGGAGAUGCGGAAUUGAGGAUUCCGGCCGCGAGCGGAACAGAGCGGAACGGGCGGAAGCGAAACCCGUCAUCAGAAACGAGCUAUGUCAGAAUGGACAGCCCAAGCGAGCGGACGGAUCGGGGGCCGACGGAAAGCGGAAUGGUCGUUGGAGACGAGCGGUGCCAGAAUCGAGAGCCCCAGGCGCAGUCGAGGGCCGAGCAGAGCGUGACCCCAGGAAGCACGGGCAAAGGACGGCAAAGGACAGAACUCCCCCAGAUCCGAAUGCAGAGGGUUAUCGGGGACCGCUCGAGGAUGUUAGGCAUCCGGGAUACCGCCCGGGGGAGGUCCCCGGGAACGGCCUAGGGCUGAUAGAACCUGAACCACAAGAUACGUUCGAGAUUGCAGGCGGAUUCCACGGUCGCGACCCGGUCACCAUCAGUCUGAGGCCCAACCUCAGUUCCCCGGGGGAAGGCUUAGAGAACCUGGUCAACACGUGCUACCUGAGUACUGUGGUACAGUGCCUCAUGUAUGCCCUCCAAAACCUGCUGUGGGGCGGCCACCACUCCCGGAUCUGCCGGAUUCCGGUCGCACAGUUCUGCCUGCCGUGCUCCCUGGAGCGUUUGCUCAAGGCCUGCUUCAGCGGGCCCGGCAUGAACGCUCGCGAGUGGAGGGCCGUGGUCGACAACAAGCGGCGGUUCGUGCCAGAAUUCGGGCCGGACAGUCAGCAGGAUGCGCACGAGGCUCUGCUCAAGAUUCUGCAGAAUCUGAAGGAGACGUGCCUGCUGACGACCUCACCAUGCCUUGGCUCUGCCGGGCGUGACAACGAGAGCGAGGAGCAGUCCGUCAUCUCGGCCACCUUUGGAGGCACCUCACAGACGCAGCUGAGGUGUUUGACCUGCGGAAAGCGGACACUCAACGAACCGGAGCCGUUCGUGGACCUGAGCCUUGGAGUCAGCGGCCCCUCUCUCGAGUCUGCUUUGGAGGGGCAUAUGGUGGCGGAAACGCUAUGUGGAGAGGACAAGGUGUUCUGCGAUGGAGAGUACUGCGAACGGAAGCGCCCGACCAUGAUCCAGACACUCAUUCGGGAGCCGCCAAGAAUGUUGAUUGCCCACGUGAAGCGUUUCAAGGAGAACGGCGCAAAGGACGCAGCUCACGUGGGUUUCAGCCAAACCCUUUCCGCCGCUGACUACCUGGUCCCCGCCAGCCGCGCCUCGCGGCCACGCUACAAGCUGGAGGGCGUCGUCGUGCAUGAAGGAGAGUCCCCCAACGCCGGCCACUACAUCGCUUACGUGCUCAUCGGAGGCAGCUGGUACCUGUUCGAUGACGCAAGCGUGACGAGAGCAGAGUGGGCGGAGGUCGCUGCGGCGCAGGGGUACAUCUUCUUCUACAGACGCACUCACCCUGACAGCAGUCUGCAAGUUUAUCCGUCCCGGGGACGCGCGCGCGACGCGCGCGACGGGCGGGCGCGACCCGCGCCGCGAGACGAUGCGCGACUCCCGAGUGCGCUCUCGGAGGCGCGGAAAACGCGCGCGUGUACUGAGACUGCCCUAGCGGAUGCGCGCGAGGCGCAAGCGCGCGCAAAGGAGGAAGGCGGUCGGUACGCACCGGAGGCAGAAUCAACGGAGCCCUCCUUGGGAAACGAGCCCCCAGGCCAAGGCGCAGCCUUUGCGAAGGCUGGCGUACUUGAUGCGACGAUUGAAACUGGUGCCCAGAAGGAAGACAACAAUCGAGAGCACACGUCUCCAUCCUCGGGGACAGCUUCGACAGCCAUCGAAGCCCGGCCAGACAAGCGCAAGCCCCCCGAGAACGCGAAGGACUGCCACGUGGUAGGCUGUAAGUCGCACACCGACUGCUCGGCUGAUGCAGACAAACCGCAUGGGCAGGCUGUGGGGUCCCCGGGCAGAACGGCAGAUUUGGCCAGGGAAGGAACGUGGCUGAAGGCCGAGAUGAGUUGCGAAGUUCACCGGGAGGAGGUCGAAAGAGCCGAGGAGCGGGAAAAAAGCUUCCUUGUGACCGGGGAGGAAACUUUGAAAGAGUGCCCGGAUGAUGGAUCUCCCGGACCGAGGGAACCACGACCGGUCGGGGGAAAGCGACCACCCCUUGAGACGGCAAUGAAGGACGAUUUCACUGAAGAGCGGCCAGGUGACAUCCUGGAAUCUCCUCCCGAGACGGACCGGUGCAGGAGGUGGGCUCAAGGAUGGCGGUGUCCGCUUCCGCGGGCUUUCGGCUAUAGUGUGUGCCAGAAGCAUCUCGAUAUGGAGAGGCGGAAGCAAGCAGACAAGCGCGCGCGCAACGAGAUCGCCCGGCGCGAGCGCGCGCGCGCGGAGCGUUCGUUUGCGGCGCGCGCUCAAGGAGAGGGUGAGCGCGGUGCGGGAGGUUCCGAGGUGAUAAGCAGCGGUCGAGCGGAAGCGCGGAAGCCGGAAGCGGAAGGGGCUCAAGUAGCGGAACCGGCUGGGCAAGGAAGCGUCCCGGGUGGUGAUCCUCUAGAUAACGUUGACAGCAAGGCCUCCUUUGAGAGCCCGUCUGAGAAGAGCGUAUACCCUCUGAGAAACAGGAAACGGAAGGCGCGGACGGACGAGAAGAUGCAGCUUGCGGUAGGAGGAACCGCCGGAGAUCCGAUCGUCAUAGCCUCGGACGAGGAAACACCGGUCGCCAAACGCCCCCGCAGUCCCGCCUUCGAAGGAGUUUCUUGCAGUUCCCCCAUGGUAGAAGCGUCCCGGGCAGAAGCCGGAAGCAAAGAGCCAUCGUAUAGCACCAGUUUGUGGUUCCCGCCGCCCGGGGAAAGUACGGAAGGGCCGGCAGGAGGAUUUGCUCUGCCGGGGUCAAAAGAGUCUGAGCGACCGGGUCGAGUCGGAGAGGCACGUGCCGCUAGGAGUGGACAUUCUGAAUAUGACUGGAGCGAUAAGGAAAAGUCUGACGUGUGCGGUUUGCCGACGUGCGGUUUGGCGACAUGCGGUUGA